UGGAGGCUAAAUAAUGAGUCCAGAUUUCAAUUGGUAACUUUAGUUCUCCGGCCGGUGUGGAACUGUGCAGAAAGCAGCAACAUCUCCGGGGAGGCUGACUUUUCCCAAAGAUAAGACAUUCCUUUUGUAGCAAAAGGAGAGAUUCAUUCUGGCAUUCAAGGGACAAGCAGCACCCCGAGGACGUUGGGAGAAAUUGUUCUCUCCGAGAAUGACCACCACCAACGAAAUCAGAGUUUUCUUGUCUUUUUUCCCCCCUUCCUUUCUUUCUUUCGUGGAAAAAUCAUACUGACAUUUUAACUUCGUUUGUUAGAAGUCUUAGAAGAAACUUAGCAAACCACCGAGGGGACCUGUGCCAGUUUUUUUUUCUUUUCUGGCUUUGUGAGUUGGCAUGGCAGCUGUGCCUUUUAGGUUUGAAGAUCUUCUAUUUAGUUGGCAUUCCGUCGCCUGGAAUCUGACUUCGCGAGUCCUGGGCGCUGACCGGCUCAGGCAUCUCCAGAUUGUACGCCUGAUGCUUAAACCAUGGUGCAUCUCCAGAGCAGUGUACCAGAUGACAGAGGGCCGCCGGUGUCAGGUUCACCUCCUCGACGACAGGAAGUUGGAACUUCUCGUGCAGCCCAAGCUUUUAUCCAAGGAGCUGCUAGAUCUGGUAGCGUCCCACUUCAAUCUGAAGGAAAAGGAAUAUUUCGGAAUUGCCUUCACUGAUGAGACGGGCCAUUUGAACUGGCUUCAGUUGGACCGCCGGGUGCUGGAACAUGAUUUCCCCAAAAAAUCUGGAUUGGUUGUUUUAUACUUCUGUGUCAGGUUCUACAUUGAGAGCAUUUCUUACCUGAAGGACAACGCCACCAUUGAAUUGUUUUUCCUGAAUGCCAAGUCCUGUAUUUAUAAGGAGCUGAUUGAGGUUGACAGUGAAGUGGUGUUUGAGUUGGCUGCGUACAUCCUACAGGAAGCAAAAGGAGAUUUUUCAAGCAAUGAAACUGUAAGGACGGACUUGAAGAAAUUGCCGGCGCUUCCGACGCAAGCCCUCAAGGAGCACCCAUCUCUGGCUUAUUGUGAGGAUCGAGUGAUUGAGCAUUACAAGAAGCUGAAUGGACAGACCAGAGGCCAAGCUAUUGUCAAUUACAUGAGCAUUGUAGAGUCCCUUCCAACCUAUGGAGUCCAUUAUUAUGCAGUCAAGGAUAAGCAGGGAAUCCCGUGGUGGUUAGGACUCAGCUACAAAGGGAUCUUCCAGUAUGACUAUCACGACAAAGUGAAGCCAAGGAAGAUCUUCCAAUGGCGCCAGCUGGAGAACCUCUAUUUCCGCGAGAAGAAGUUCUCCGUGGAGGUGCAUGACCCACGCAGGGCAUCAGUGACCAGGAGGACUUUCGGACAUAGUGGAAUUGCUGUGCACACUUGGUAUGCCUGUCCUGCCUUGAUCAAGUCCAUCUGGGCUAUGGCCAUCAGUCAACACCAGUUUUACCUGGACAGGAAGCAGAGCAAGUCCAAAAUCCACGCGACUAGAAGCCUGAGUGAAAUCGCCAUUGACUUGACGGAAACCGGAACGCUGAAGACCUCCAAACUGGCCAACAUGGGAAGCAAAGGGAAGAUUAUCAGCGGCAGCAGUGGGAGCCUUUUGUCAUCAGGUUCUCAAGAGUCCGACAGUUCUCAGUCUGCCAAGAAAGACAUGCUGGCCGCCUUAAAAUCCAGACAAGAAGCCCUGGAGGAGACGCUGCGCCAACGCCUGGAGGAACUGAAGAAGCUGUGUCUCCGGGAAGCGGAACUUACUGGAAAAUUGCCGAGGGAGUAUCCCCUCAACCCGGGGGAGGAGCCCCCAAUUGUGAGAAGAAGAAUUGGUACUUCUUUUAAACUGGAUGAACAGAAAAUGCUACCCAAGGGAGAGGAAGCUGAGCUGGAACGCUUGGAAAGAGAAUUUGCCAUCCAGUCCCAGAUCACGGAAGCUGCUCGACGCCUGGCCAGCGAGCCCAACGUCAGCAAGAAGCUGAAGAAGCAGAGGAAGACCUCCUACCUGAACGCGCUGAAGAAGCUUCAGGAGAUUGAAAACUCCAUCAAUGAGUACCGCAUCAGAUCUGGGAAGAAGCCAACCCAAAGAGCUUCGCUGAUCAUAGAUGAUGGAAACAUUGCCAGCGAAGAUAGCUCCCUCUCGGAUGCUCUUGUUCUGGAAGACGAAGACUGCCCGGUUACCAGCACAAUAUCCCCUUUACAGUCACCUCACAAAGGGCUCCCUCCUCGGCCGCCCUUGCACAACAGGCCUCCCCCUCCACAGUCUCUGGAGGGUCUCCGGCAAAUGCACUAUCACAGGAAUGACUACGACAAGUCCCCCAUUAAGCCCAAGAUGUGGAGCGAGUCUUCCUUGGAUGAACCCUACGAGAAGGUGAAGAAGCGUUCUUCUCACAGCCACUCCAGUCACAAGCGGUUUCCCAGCACCGGAAGUUGUGUGGAAGGCGGAGGAAGCAACUCUCUUCAGAACAGCCCAGUGAGGAAUCUUCCCCAUUGGAACACCCAAUCCAGCAUGCCAUCGACACCGGAUCUACGUGUACGCAGUCCCCAUUAUGUCCAUUCCACCAGAUCGGUGGACAUCAGCCCUACCAGACUGCAUUGUUUAGUCCAGCACUUUAGACACCGGAGUUCUAGUUUAGAGUCACAAGGAAAGCUUCUCGGCUCGGAAAACGAGACGGGGAGCCCUGACUUCUACACCCCAAGGACUCGUAGCAGUAAUGGGUCAGACCCCAUGGACGACUGCUCCUCCUGUACGAGCCACUCCAGCUCCGAGCAUUAUUACCCAGCUCAGAUGAAUGCGAAUUACUCUACCCUGGCGGAGGACUCACCUUCCAAAGCUCGCGAGCGCCAGAGACAGCGGCACAAGUCAGCCGGAAACCUCGUCUGCUCCAAUUCGGGAAGCAUGCCCAACCUGGCUGCCGGGAACGGGAACAGCCAUCAUGGUGUCUAUCUGCACAGCCAAAGCCAGCCUUCCUCCCAGUACAGGAUCAAAGAGUACCCGCUGUACAUCGAAGGGAGCUCGACGCCAGUGGUGGUGCGCAGCCUCGAAAACGACCAGGAGGGACACUACAGCGUGAAAGCACAGUUUAAAACGUCCAAUUCGUACACAGCGGGGGGCAUGUUUAAGGAAAACUGGCACGGAGAUGAAGUGGACUCCAUCCGGUUGACUCCUUCCCGGUCUCAGAUCAUAAGGACUCCUUCGUUGGGGAGAGACGGCCACGAAAAGGGAUCGGGGAGGGCUGGGGUCUCGGAUGAACUCAGACUAUGGUACCAGCGGUCCACGGCCACCCACAAAGACCAUAGCCGGUUGUCGCACACAAGCUCCACUUCGUCGGAUAGCAGCUCCCAGUACAGUAGCUCCUCUCAAAGCACCUUCGUGGCGCACAGUAAGGUAACCAGGAUGCCUCCCAUGUGCAAAGCAACGUCAGCUGCCUUACCUCACCAUCCGAGGACUUCAACCACCACACCGAGUGAUUGUGGGUCGUUGACCCCCAGCUGUCCACACCACAUCUUAGCUUGGCAAACUGGAGAUGCCAGAGGCAGCUCACCCACUAUGGAUGAGUCUCAAUCUCCAACUCAGCCGAGUACUGAUGAUGAUUAGAGGAGCUACAGCGAUAGCUGCUACCUGGAUUCUGCCCUUUAUCCAGAACUCUCCGACGUCCAGUGGUACGGACAGGACAAAGCCAAGCCUGGGACCCUAGUCUGACCUCAGCUGUUCAGAUGCAUCCAUGCCAUUUUGGGGGAAAAAAAGAAGAAAAUCACCUCACUGCCUCUUCAUUUGCCUUAUCCAGUUGCCCGACACCAGCUUCAAGCGAAAAAGCACUUUUUGGCCAUCAGACAAGUGAAGAUGAUGAUCACCGAGGGAGCAAUUGUGUCAGUAAUGCAAAACACCUCUUCUUCAGUCCCAGUUCUGCACACUCGUUCCUCCCCCCCCACCACCGACCUUCGCGGGUGUCAAGGCGAGAUAAUAAGGGUGCCCAAUCCAAACCCUUCCUGGAUUUAUCCUUGUCCUUCAAGCGUGCAAAAACGUGUUCUUGGUGCGAAACGGUGAAAUUGAAAAUUCGGAUUUGAAAGGUAAAAACUCAAAGCGGUCGCGAAGAAGAGUGGCAAACGCCCCCGUUUGGGUUCCGAGGCAGGAGAACUGGCGACGCUUGGUCUCCAGAGACGAGCCGGAAGAUCGUCGAAGCAAUUUGUGGUGGCCGCCAAAAGAUUUUGGUAACUUGCCCGAAGGACUCGCUUUUCUCUUACAACGGGGGUAUUUUUAAGCAGCAGCAAUAGCCUUCGUGAUGCUCUUUUGAGAUCCGACAAACCGUGAACCGUGUUAGAUCAGGGAAUGUAAACCCAGGAGAGAGUGGGUGCGGUGGCCUACAGGUGGAGCUCUCGCCUCACAAUCAGGAGGCUGUGAGUUCAAUCCUAGGUAGAGGCGGAUAUUUCUCUCUCUCUGGGCACAAUGGGAAUAUAUCUGCUGAACAAAACUCCGCACUGGCGACAGGAAGGGCAUCUGGCCAGUAAAACACUCUGCUAGCUCCAUUCAGUGGCCCAGACUCCAUCCCGCAAGGGAUUAUGGGGUCGUUAAAAGAAGAUGAAUACAAACCCAGGAUCUGUUGGGAGAAACCAGUUGCGAGAACAGGGAGGCAGGCCAGGUUAUAAGAGGAAGGGGAAAUUUAGUAAUUUUUGCAACAUUCCCCGGGCAAAAAUUUGCAAGAGCACACCGUGAUAUUGAUUGGAAGAACCGUCAUCCGAUGAAGCGAAAAUGCCCCCAAACUGUUCAGUGUUACCAACAAAAAAAAAAAAAAAACCCAUACAAGGGAAGAUCUCAAAUUAAGGGAUGGAUUAAGGCAGGGGUGAAAUCUACUUACCUUCCCUACCGGUUCGGAAGUGCACACGCCACGUCACAUGCGUGCGUGGACCCUCUGCACAUGUGCAAACCUUUCUGUGCAUGUGCAGUGGGUAAAAAAACAGGUUACUUCCUAGUUAAAACCAGGAAGUAACGACGACCGGGCAGGUGGGCGGAGCGUCGCACUGCCGUCGCUUCUGGUUUUCCGAACCGGUCCGAACCGAGAGCAUUUCACCCCUGGAUUAAGGGAAGGUGGAUCGGGAUACAUGGAACGUGAUCUCAAAAGUAUAUUAUGUAUUACUAAUCGUAGGAAAGGAGUUUUGUGAUUCGCCAGGGGAAUUUUUUCUUCAACGAAAGAGAGCGUGGCCGAACUCAUUUGCCUCCCCUCCGUUCCCAAAAUGAACCGUCCGCCAUUAAUUCACCCGCAUUGAAUUCCAAAAACGUGGUCGCUGAGACAGAAAGAGGGAAACGAACGCUUGAGCCAUGAUUUUUACGAAUCCAGAAAGCCAUCCGACUUCCAAAAAGCCUCCAUGUUUUUUAUAAGAAACCCAGACGCGAUCUCCGUGGCCCCUGACCGGGGGUGAAAUCCAGCAGGUUCUGACAGGUUCUGGAGAACCGGUAGCGGAAAUUUUGAACAGUUUGAAGAACCAGCAAAUACCACCUCUGGCUGGCCCCCGAGUGGGGUGGGAAUGGGGAUUUUGCAGUAUCCUUCCCCCGCCACGCCCAUCAAGCCACGCCCACAGAACCGGUAGUAAAAAAAUUUGGAUUUCACCACUGCCCCUGAAAAUCUUGGCGAGCCCACGGGCUUCUCCACAAGCCACCAUCCUUGCCCGUCCCUCCGUUGUCCCUUGUCUUGAGCAUUAUUAACAAGAGCCAAAAUCCGUCUUUUGGGGGAGAGGAGGGGGCUUUCAUUAGCCACCCCUGAUCUGGCCAGAUCUUGAAGGAAGCAGGCCAAGUUUUCGCCAUGGUGCUACUUUGAUGUUUUAUGGCCACUGGACAGCCAGGGUUCCUGCCUUUCUUUUUUUUGUGUUUGUGCGUCAAUUUGGCAAUAGCAAAAAAAAAAAUUCAGGAGAGAGUCCAAAGAGCAAAAAAUAAAAAUAAAAAUACCCACCAACUGCUUCCAUUCAUAAAUGGCGAGGAAUAAUCAGGAAAAAUCAAAAGAAUUUGAAACUGGCUGGCUCUUGAAGAAAAUGGAUAAUGGAAGGAACAAGGUUGAAAUGCAGAGCGGGAACAGGAGAAAAAAUAGAGGCACGUUGUUGGAUAAUGUACUAAGCUAGUCCUCGACUUACAACAGUUCGUUUAGUGACCAAGGUUACAACAGCACUGAAAAAAAAGAGAGAGAGACUUAUGACCGUUUUUCCACACUUACGAUCCCCGUGGCUACGUAAUAGAUAUUCAGAGGCUUGGCAACCGAUUCACAUUUUAUGACGGCCCUGGGGGGGGGGGUCACGUGAUCCCUUUCGGCGACCUUCUGACCAGCCAAGUGAGAAUGGGGAAGCCAGAUUCACUUAACAACCGGAUUACUCGCUUUAAACAACUGCAAUGAUUCAUUUAACGAACAGGGCAGGAAAAGUCGUAAAAUGGGGGCAAAAAACUCACUUAGCAACUGGGUUCCGCUUAGCCACGGAAACUUUGGGCUCCACUGCAACCGUCAUAAUUGUGAGUCAGUCGUCGAGUGUCUGGAUGUCAAUCACGUGACCACAGGGAGGGGGAGGCUGCAACGUAAGUGUGGAAAAACGGUCCUAAGUUACUUUUUUUCAGUGACGUCAUAACUUCGGUCACUAAAUGAAGGGUUGUAAGUUGAGGACGUCCUGCAUUUAGGCAACAACGGAGAGAUCAAAAAAAGGCAAGAUGGCAGCUGCCCACCCACUCCAGACAGCCAUCCCUGGGAAAAAGCAGGCCGUCUAAUCCGGAAUCGGGGAGUAAUUCCAGCAUUUCAUUAUAUGUUGAUUUGCACCCAGCUGAGCUAUCAAAAUAUUCUUUUAAAUCUGGUCAAUCAUUUACUUAUUCACUUAUCCAAACCAGAAAAAUAAGCUUUUGGGUGAUGUUUGAACCGCCCUGCUGUGACAUUAAGACAUUUCUUUCAGGUUAAAAAUAACCGAUCACCUGCUCACACGCUCAUGUCUUUUAUGGUUUAUGGCGUUUUCCAAUCUCGGCAACUUUUCACCUGGGUGGACUUCAACUCCCAGAAUUCCCCAGGCUUGGGGAAUUCUGGGAGUUGAAGUCCACGCAGCUGGAAAGUUGCCAAAAUUGAAAAAAUGCUGGUUUUUAUAGCAUCCUUUUGCUUGUCCUCUUUAUUAGGGGACAAAAGGAACCAGGGUAUCGGAGAGCAAGAAUUAGCAAAAAACAAAAUUCUCAGCUUCUCCAUCAAUCUGUAAUUUUUCCAGAGGGAGGGAAGGGAAUUAUCUACUAUUUUAAAACAUACUUUGAAACAAACCACUUAAUGGGGUUUUUUUUUUAAAAAAAAAAAGGACCAACUUUUCAGUUCAAUCAGAACAGCUAGAAAUCUUGAUUUAUUCUUAUUAUUUUUAAUUUGUAUGCCAAAUGAUAAGCCAGAAUUGCUGGCAGAUGACCAGGGUCAAAUGGGAAAGGAAUAAACCAGAGUUUCAGGGAGUUUUCGGACGGGCUACAGAAUUGCCAAGUUCUUGGGAAGGAACCCAGCAAGCAAAUUCACCCCAGUUAGCAAGUUGAUGGUAUCCGACGUAAACCCAUCACUUCAACAAUGUUGGCUCACAGCCAAAAAUUCAUCCAUGUCUGGACCACAAGAUGCACCUCCUAGAUCUAGUCUACAACGUCAGAUUUUUGGUGUGUGACUUGAGCAGAAAGACAAAACAAAACUUAACUUUUAACAACCCCCCACAACCCUAAUCCUGGCAACCCUAAUUUUGCAAAUUGAUUUUAAAAGAAAAAAAGCUCACGCUCUUCAGCUCGUUUGCAAAUUGGUCCUGGGGUGCGUUGUUUGCUGUGGGAGGGGAGAGAGAAAAACGGGGUGAUUUCCAAUGUUAUUUUUUAUUUCUUUCGAUCGAGGCACUUGUGAGCCAGUCUGGUAGUAAAGACAGAAGUUAAGUAAAACAGGUUUUACUGUUUAAAACUCGAUUCAGUUCUACGGAAAAAAAAUAAAAAUAAAAAAAAUAAUGUACAUAAGAACGUUAAAAUUGAGAGAUCGUGAUAUAACACGAAGGGGGAAAUUCACGGCUACUGUAUGGCCCCAAUUAGCCCCCCCCACCCACUCUUGAAUUCUGCUUUUAUAUAGAGGAAGAAGAAGAAAAGGGUCCUCCUAGGUCUGAAAAUGCUUUUAGUCUGUAUGUAAAACCUUCCCUCCCUCCUCCUGCUUUGUAUAUGCAUUCGCACCAUGUUAAAUGGUGGCCAGGGUUUAUUUUUUAAACAAUAUUAUAUGCAGUUGGGUGUUGAAAAUGUUGGGAAGAGAAGAAGAAAAAGGAAGUUGGUUUUGUUUUUCAACUCAAUAUUAGUUUUGGAUACAGCAGACUCAUUCAGGUGCUAUCAUGACCAAUUAUACUGCUUAGUUAAUUAGAUAUAAAGAAAGGAACGUGUAUAUAUAUAUGUGUAUAUAUACAUAUAUAUAUAUAUAUAUGCAUAUGAGCUCCCUUCUUUAUAUCUUUUAUAUAGAUAUAUAUAAGAUCAACUCUAGUUCCACAUUUUUUUAAAAAAGAAAAAAAAAAGAACUCUUCUGAAAUCGACUGUAAAGCAUGUAAAAUGAUUUGGACUCCUGUACAGCAGUGAUCAAGAAAAACGAGAUACGCUGUUAUAGAGUUGCAGAAUUUUUUUGUUUUUAAAAUCCGCUUUUAAUUUAUUCUUUUUGUAUUAAGAAUUUGUAUAGUUCUCUUUACAUUUUGCAAAAACGGUGUUGUCAACACUUCCUUAUUAAAGCAUUUUCAAGAUGAAAAAAAUAUAUAUAUAUCUGA